AACAUACACACAGCUUAUGCCAAACCCAAUCCAGGUUCUAUCCUCUAAGAGGUUAAGUGCAAAAACACAAUAUUAUUAUGGAUUUGUACUUAAUCCUAUUAUUAUUAUUAUUAUUAUUAUUAUUAUUAUUAUAGUUAAUACACUUUGCUACCACCGUCGCUAAGUACCAUGGCGAAGGGUCGCAAAUUCACCACCAACCGAAACGAACGGUUGUUAGGAACAAACUAUAUUCAAAGCUCCAACACCACUCAUGAAGUAACCGAUUUCAGGGAAGAAGAUGUGUGGUCCAUAGUUGAAGAUCGUGACCACAACGUCAAUUUCACUCCCGGCGAUUGGGAUUCACGCGCACCUUCACGGCGUUUCAACCACGGCGGUUUGUCACUGCCGUUUGAGAAUCCGGUGAGUAAUGUUGCGACGACGUCGUCAAGAAACGUGCACCACCAGUACCGGAACGUUGCUACGUCAGCGCCGGUAAACGUGCCGGAUUGGAGUAAGAUACUCCGAGUUGAAUCAGUGGAAUCGUUGCAUGAUAUGGAUGAUGAUAACGAAUCGGAGAUGGUUCCGCCGCAUGAGUAUUUGGCGCGUGGCCGGAAAAUGGCGGCAAAUUCAGUUUUCGAAGGGGUGGGUCGGACCUUAAAAGGCCGUGAUUUGAGACGGGUUCGUGAUGCUGUUUGGAACCAAACCGGGUUCGAUGGUUGAGGUGGACCGGUUUCUAUAUAAUUCAAUUUAAUUCACCCGUAUUAAUUCUUGUUGCUAUCAACUAGUGUCAAUUAUAUUUAAGAGUGGUUGUAAAUUUAUAAAUUUUGAGAGAAAAAAGGAAAAAGAAAAAAGUUUUAAUUCAAUAUUUUGAGUUGUUAAAAUUGGAUGGGUGGGUUUUUUGGAGCAAUGAUUGGUUUGGGUGGACUCGGGUUGCAAGAGUUCAGUUAGAAAUUAGAAUUUGGAUCAAGUUGUCUUGGAGGAAGAACAAUGUAAUCCUGUUUUUAGAAAAAUCUGUUUCCAAAUUAACUAUACAAGAAUGUUUAAUCAGUCCACUAUUAAGCUUUACAAA